GCUCCAUUUAGAGUCAGUGGUAAAUUUUUUUUUGUAUCUCGCGGCAAUUAAUUGUCGAUUAAUUAAUUAAUGUAUUUAAUUACUAAUGAGGCCUCCAAUUAACUAAAAGUUAUAAUAAUUUUUUUUCGACCCCCAUCAGAUUUUUCAGUGAAAUAUUAAAAAAUGAAGCUUUUUCUUUGUAUUUCAUUGAUGUUUAUUCACAUGCUGUUCGCCGGAAUAACACGUGCAUUGCACAAUCAACCAGAACUUAAAAUUGACGCCUGUCCGGAACUUGAGUUUCAGAAUAAUUCUCAAAUUCCAAGUGAUGUGAGUUAUCCAACAUGUCUGGAUGAAUGGGAGCCAUUAUUUCAUGAACAUUUACUCGCAGAGAUAUUUGAAAUAGAUAAUCCAAAUUUAAUAAUAAUAUUGUCGGAAAAUUUGAAUGAUGACAUCAAUUUGGCUCGUUUCUUGACAAACAAUAAUAGAUUACUACCAAAAAAGACGAGGAACAUGUUUAGCUAUGAAAUUAAAUUACAUUAUGAUUUUAUAGUGGAAAAUUUUAUUGCCUAUCAAGAUCAAAAUCAAUCAACGACAUUCCUCACCUAUCCUAGAAAUACAAAAGAUGAAUUUUUAGCACAGGAAAUAGUAAUACAGAGUGUUAGUUACGCUGAAACUGUACAAUUAAUUUUAACUAUUUCUAAUAGUCGAGACAACGAUCCGGAAACUAAAGUGAGGGAUAUUUUUGAAAUUGCUGGUAAAAUGAUAAAAAAUGUCAAAAAGUAUAGGGGAAGUUAUUUAUUCAUUGUGACAAAUGGAAAUUUGGAAAUUGAUGAGAGGAGAAAUAAUACUUCAAGGGAAAAAAAGGAGGAGGAUCUUCAGGAAGGGAAGAGGAAUUUUAGAGAAGCACAGGAAAUAAGUCGUCAGAGAAGUCGAGUUAGUAGGAAAAGUGGAAAAAGAAUUGGAAAAAACGGUGGGAGGGGGAGGAAAAAUUUUUCGAUUGAAGCGACUAGAAGAGUACUUAGGAAAAUUAUCAAAAAACUUCCGCAUGGUAAUGAAAAUUCUAGGAGGAAUAAUAAGAAUGUGGAAACUAUUAAUAGAGACCUAGAUUCAGAAAGGACAGGGAUUUCAUCGAAUGUGAUUGUUCCCAGUUAUACACAAAGUGAUGAAGAGAUUUUUAAAAUUAUGAGGGAGGUUAAUUGUAACGGGAGGAAGAGCGAUGAAACUAAUGGUGAUCUACAAUCAAUCAUUAGAGAACUUCAGUGUAGUGAAAAAUUCAGGGAGAAAAGAGAAAAGAGUCUAAAAGUCGAUGGAGAUGGUGGAUUAGGUGAAGAGUUGAGGGAAAAUACGGGAAAGGACUUGGAAGAGCUGGAAGAAUUGUCUCCUGAUGCAAAAGUUCGGAAGACGAGUGGAAAUAAUCCAAAAAUCGACGGGGAUGAUGAAUUUGAUGAGGAGGUGAGGGACAAUGAUGGAAAGAACAUAAAAGAGCUGGAAGAUUUGAUUCUUGGUGCAAAAAUUCAAAAAACGAAAGGAAAUACUCCAAAAUUUGACGGGGGUGAUGAAUUUCAUGAGGGGAUGAGGGAAAUUAACGAAAAGAACCUAAAACCCUUGGGAAAAUUGAAUUCCAAUGGAAAUAUUGGGAGAACUAGUGGAAAUACUCCAAAAACCGAGGGAGAUGAUGAAUUACAUGAGGAGGUGAGGGGAAUUAACGGAACGAACCUAAAACAUCCGGGAGAAAUGAAUUCCAAUGGAAAUAUUGGGAGAACUAGUGAAAAUACUCCAAAAACUGACGAAGAUGACAAACUCCAUGAGGAGGUGAGGGAAAUUAACGGAAUGAACCAGAAUCCCUUGAAAGAAUUGAAUUACAAUGGAAAUAUUGGGAAAACUAGUGAAAAUACUCCAAAAACCGCCGGAGAUGACGAAUUGCUUGGGGAGAUGAGGGAAGGUAACGGAACGAACCAGAAUCCCUUGAAAGAAUUGGAUUCCAAUGGAAAUAUUGGAAAAACUAGUGGAAAUACUCCGAAAACCGACGGAAAUGACGAAUUUUACCAGAAGACGAUGGAAUCUAAUGUAACAAACCUGGAGCAACAGGAAAAAUCAAAAUUCAACCAGAAGUUUGGGAGAACAAGUGAAAACGAUUCUAAAAUCGUCAGAGAACUCGAAAAUCCUGAAGUGAUUAAAGAAAUUGUUCGUCUUGAACAACCGGAAGAAUUGAUACCCAAAGAAAACUUUGGAAGAACUGACGGAAACAGUCCGGAAACCGCCGGAAGUGAUGAGUUACAUCAGGACAUGAACGUACUUGACGCAAACCACCUAAAACACCAAAAAGACUUGAGUUCCAAUGAAGAUUUUGACGAAACUAACGAAAACACUCCAACAUCCACCGAAAAUGACGAAUUCCACCAAGAAAUGAAGGAUACUGACCGAAACCACCUAGAACACCUAGAAGUCUUGAAAUCCAAUCAGACAUUCAAAGAAACAAGUGGAGACACUUCUGAAAUAGCUAGAGAUGACGAAAUUCACAAGAAUACGCUGGAAACUAAGGGAAAAACCCCAGAAAACAAGAGACAAUUGCAACCCAACGAAAACUUUCCGAAAACUAGCAAAAAGUCUAAGGAAACGAGUGAGUACGAAGUGAGUACGGAGAAUAUCGAAAGAAGCUUUAUCAAACUAAUUAGAGAAUACUCCACUGCUCCAAAUGGAAGUCCGAACGGAAAACUCCUGGCAGAAAUGAUAGACGAGGAAAACGUGAUCCAAGGCGAUCUAACACCAUCAUUCCAGAAAAAACUGAUCGAUCGUCUAAGCAACAUUAAACGAGUUCCAGCCAAAACAUACGACUACGAAAGUCAACUACACCGAUUUUUGAAAUGUUUGUUCAAAUCCUCUAACAUCGAUUUGCAAUUCGCCGCUGAAUCUCUAGUCUCACGAAUCCGCACCAAUCUCCACUCGUCGAAUCACCUCACCGGUAUGACAACCCUAACUUCCAUAUUCACUUUGUCUGAAAAAUUAAACACAACUCAUGAAGCACUAUCAUCAUUUCUAAAUUGUAUCAUAAAAAACGAAAAGAAAAUGUUCAACAAAUGCUCUGACAAAUUACUAAACAAUCUAAAGACCCUAGGACUUGAUCUCAUAGAAAUUGCCUCAAUUAAUGAGAAUUUCUCCGUAUUCUGUUGGACGGGACAUAUUUUUAAUUCAACCGACAUCGAGUACGAUGAUGAAGCACAAAAAUGGAUUACAAUUAUAGAAAAUUAUCUUCAAGAUCUAAAGUAUCCGAGAAAUUGGUUUCUCAAUUUAAGAAUGGUUUUCGAUGAUCUAAAACCAAUGAAGAAUUCAUUGACAGUUGAUGAAAUUGAUGUCAAGUUAAAUGAUCUCAUGAAACAAGUGGUGAAUCAUGUAGAUUAUGAUAGUGCAUUCCUGAUGCACGCUGUUUGGAUUGUUAAGGAAGAUUUACGAAAUGUGACGGUGAAUGUUAAUUGUCAACGUGAAUCGGUGAUUAAAUUGAAAGUGACUGGAGAAUUUUUGCGAUUGAGUCAAAUUUUGAAUAACACAAAUUGUCCAAAUUAUCAAAUUCUAGAGAUUUUUGCACUUGAGAAAAUUGUCAUUGAUUGUGAUAUAAUUGCAAUUGGAGAGAAUAUUGUUAUUGCAAUAUUUGCGCCAGUUUGGGAGAUUGUCAUGAAUAGGCGGAUCAUUUUGGAUGGGGCUUCACGGAAUUUGACUGAUGAUGAUUAUAUGGUACCGAAAGGAAGGAACGGCAAUACUCUUACAAAUCGAAACGGAGUCCAUGGUCUAGCGGGUCUUCCAGGUGGUCCCGCUGGUGCUUUCUACGGUUUAGCCGAGAAGAUCAUCAGUGUCGAGAAUCUGACAAUUUCCCUCAACGGAGGAAAUGGAAGUAAUGGACAAAAUGGUGGCGAUGGAGCAAAUGGAGAGAAUGGCGAGACACCGAGUAAAAAUUACAUUCACUCAAUGUUCAACAAUUACCACUGCAAGUGGUUGAAUGACUAUCGAGUUGAUUACUUUGUUAAUCAUUCAUCAGUCAUCAGAUAUUACAAACCCUUAUUUGGGUCCUAUGUUCUUAAAUAUAUAGACGAGUGUUACAUCUACGGUUUAAAUGGAUUUCCCGGUGGAAAUGGAGGCGAUGGUGGUACAAUCGGUGCAGGAGGUUCCGCUGGAGAUUUUCAUUUCUAUUCCCUCGGAUCGUCGACAAUUCCCCUAAAAAUAUUUCUCCAGAAUGGCACCGAUGGAACUUAUGGAAUUGGUGGUAAAAACGGAAUAGGUGGUUACACCCAUAAAGUUACAAUUCACAAUAAAAAUUAUUUCGAACACGAAAUUAUCAACAACGAAACGUGUUAUCGAGCCAGAGAUGGCAGAAUCGGAAAGAAUAACCAUAGUACUCUAGGUACUAAAAUACAGAAAUUUACCAACGUGGAGCAAACAUUCCCCCAAACGGUGAAUCUUUACAAACGAUAUCUCUUAGCAAAUUUCCAAAUUGAUAACAAGUAUGUUAAAUUUUACCAGAAGAUGAUAAGCAACAGGGAGAUUAUCAACACCUACAAUACGAUGUCUUUAGUAAACGAACUUAUUGAUUUGGAGAAAUAUUAUUUCCGAACAGACGACAAGAAGAAGACGAUAUUCAUUUACAAAUCCUGGAGGGAAAGAUUGAUUCACUAUUCUUUGAAUCGAAAAGAAGACGAGAAGAGCGAGGAUUAUACUGCAUUACUCCGUAAUCUGAAUAGAAUAAUUUCCGAUAAAAUUCAACGACUUGAGAAAAAUAGUAAAGAACAUUUGGUAUUCAUGAUAGCGGAUUAUUUAUCCCAAUGUAAUGAAUUAUCCAAAUAUUUACAGAACGCACGAACCGUGUUGAGAAUCAAAAAAAUUAAUAGCAAUUUCAUUAAAGAAUACGAUGACAAAGUGAAGGAAGCACAGCAAAUAAUUCAAGAAAAACUACACAAGGAUAUCGAACAAAUGAAUCAGAAUUUAAAAGGCGAGACUGAAAUGCUCCUCGGAAGAAUAAUGAGUCUAACCGAAAGGGAACGAAAAAGUACCGAAGAACUCUCCGAAAAAUCCAAAAGAAUGGAAGGUCGUCUAAUGGCCCAAGGUAUUAACGAAAUAUUCGAAAUGAUAAACACCGUGCUUGGUGUAAUUAAUCCAGCACUUGGUAAAAUUGGCACCAAGUUCAGUACUGCUGGUUCAAUUGUUCAAAAUUUCAUAGACGAAACUGCAGACUCAAGUAUUGUGGAGGUCGCAAUUCCCAGCAUUGUCGACAGAUCCCGAGAAUUCUUCAACAAUUGGGUGGACUUAAAAUCAAAAAUUGAACAAAUAUCCCUAGCAAAGUGUCUCGACUUGAUUGAUUCAAAGAAACGGGAACUUGUAAAACAUGGGAGUGAUGUAAAACCCCUUGAGAGUUUAUCAUCUUCUCUGCAAAAUCUCGAUGGGAAUUAUAUAGAGACAAAGAUUGAUGACAAAUUAACGAAGGAGAAAACAAUUUGGGAGAAGUUGAAUUUGAGUAAAAAGCAUAUUUACGAUGGUGCACUGAAAGCGAUUGGACAAAUACGAACUUUUACGAGAAUGAAGCAAAUGUUAGGUGAUCUAAGUGAGAAGUUUGAUGACAUCAGAAAUCCACGUCAUCUGAAUGAGUUGACUGGAGAAAUUCACCGGGCAUUCGAAAAGACGGUGAGUUUACGAAAUUUCAAAGAGGAUAUCUAUAAGAGGAUGAUGCCACUAAUUCGGAAAAUACGCGAUGAAACGGAUUUGGGUAGCAAUUUAACGGAAUCGGUUGCUUAUCUAGACUUUAAGAAAUUUCAGAUGAAGGAAUAUUUUCAACAGGUGUUGGAAAAACUAGAGAUUUUCAUCGGGCAGUUCAAACUUAAAUCUAUGUUCGAAGACACGAUGGGGAAUAUGAAAAAUGUUAUCGAUAUGGUACUGGGUACCUAUGAAAGGAUUCAGGAAUAUGUGGAGACUAUGAAGAAAGCUAAUUACGAGUCCGAUCUCUAUUUGGCACCAUUCGAUCUGACCUACAUCAAAAAUCCAAAACUGAGUAUGGCAUUAGCAAAAAUGGUCCAGACAAUUUAUGCCAACAACGUUUUGGAUAACUACACUAAAUGGAUGACAAGUUUCAAACAAUACAUCUUCCCAUUUGCUGAUGAUUUUCUAGACUACGAUUCUUCAGUGUUACCACAACUAAAUGGAAUUCUAGCAAGAGCCGAAGAGGCCGGUAAGCAUCUGAAUCAUCUAGAGGAGAAAUUGUUACGAAAACGUGCAGAAUUUGUUGAAUUCGAAAGAACCUAUCCUGGUAAAUUUGGUCUUGAUCUACCUCCAUUUCAUAUCUGGAACAACAGUCUCUAUAAGAUGGAAAUUAAACGUAUUCUUAAGGGCGAAUCGGUAACUUUGUUUGCCGAUGUUUUUCAACACAAGAUUAUGAAUGCUGUAAAAUUCCGAGAAAUAUGGCUACGUGUUCGUUUGGCGAAUUUAAGUCAUAUCGGUGAUGAGAAUUUAAGAAAUGACUUGAAGGGAUUUGCUUUUAAAUUGGUGCAUGAAGGUGAUUCGUACUAUAGAUGUGACGAUGGAGUUUAUCUAAUAACAACGAAUAGUUAUCUAUUCGAGAGGGUCUAUAGUGCUUUGGAUGAUGAUGAAUUUCGUGAAAAUGAUAAUAAUGGUGGGUUCUCUGGAAAGCAGAAGGGCGACUAUUUAUUAAGUCCGUAUGCAACGUGGAGAAUUGAGCUGAUAAGUAGAGAUGCUAACAAGAAUUUUAAGAUGUUACGCAAGUAUAUUUCUAAGGUUAAUUUGGAAUUGGUGGGUUUUGGUCGAUAUACAGAUCGUCCGUUGGAAAUUUGUAGAUCUAAUUUGACAAAGUACUAUGUAAAAAUGUAAUUGAAGUGAAAAAAAGAAUAAAUGAACUCUUAAAAGACUUUUUCAGAGUGUUUUCAACAGUGUCGGUAAGAAGAUUUCUGUAAAAGUGCUUUCAACGGUAUUGUCGGUAAUUGUUGAUAAGAAGAUUCUUGCAACAUUUUUUCCAACGGUUCAGUAAACAGAACAGCUAAAAAAGUAAUUAAACCCGAUAUUCAGAUGAGUCGCUAACAGGAUUGGUUCCUGUAAAGGAUUUUUGACAAUGUCGGUAAAUAUCGGUAAGAAGAUUCCUGUAAAAUAUUUUUAUUUCCUUGAGGAAGAAAAUUGGAUAAUGUCGGUAAUUGUCGGUAAAAUGAUUCCUGUGAUGGUUUUUUCAGUCGUUAAAGAACUAAAAUAUCUAGGGAAUAUUUUAAAAACGAUUUCUGAAUAUUUCGUUAUUAAGGAAGGUGAAUUUUUGCAAAUGUCGAUAGUGUCGGUAAUUGUCGGUAAGAAGAUUCCUAUAAUCGUUUUUUCAGUCUUUAAUGAACUAAAAUGUCUAGGGAACAUAAUGUUCUGCUGAUAAAAUUAGAAGUUAUGGGCAUGCCUGUUGAUUUUAUUUGUUUUUUGAAAAGUUAUCUUUCUGACAGGUGUCAAGUUGUUUGAUUGGUGUUCCCUUAAUUAUAUGACGUGUUAAUAUCAAUAAAAGUUGUGUUAUUUCUUUUUCAAAAAGAAAUACAUUGGUAUAUUGUUAUACAAUUGGUGGUGAAGAAAUAAUUAGAAAAACUAAAAUAUCAGAUUUGGGUUUAUUAUUUAACAAUGAUUUUUCUUUUAAUGAUCAUAUAUCUGGAGUGGUUUCGAGAGCCCUUAAAUCUUUAGGAUUUGUAAUGAGAAUAGCAUCAGUUUUUCAUAAUAUUAAUGUGUUAAGAGUAUUGUAUUUUACGCUUGUCAGAACGAUUCUUGAGUAUGUUUCUGUUGUUUGGUCACCGAUGUAUGUGUUUAACAUUGUUAGAAUUAAACGAGUUCAAAAUCGAUUUUUGAGGUUUGCUGCAAGGCAACUUAAUUUACCAUUUGACAGUCAUACCCAUGAUUAUAAUGAUCUUCGUGGUUCGCUAAAUGUUCCUUUGGUUUUGUCAAGAUUUCUUUAUAAUGAUUUAUUGUUUUUGUAUAAAAUUUUGAAUGGGUUUAUAUUAUGUCCUGCUCUUUUAUCAAUGAUCAAUUUAGCUGUUCCCUCUAGAAUUACUAGACAUUUUGUAUCUUUCCGAGCAAACUUUCAUAGAACGAAUUAUGGAAAUAAUGAACUUAUUUGUAAUCGAUUAGUAGAGAGGCUAAUACAAUCUCAGAUCGAAUUAAUUUUUUUGAUAAUAAUUUACAGAGGUUUACCUUAGCAUUGCGUAGAAUAGUCUUAAGUUUUGAUAAUGUUGAGCCAGCCUAGAUCUUAGUUAUAAAAUUUUGUAAUUACUAUUGUAAUUUUAUUCUUUUAAGUACUUUUGUACGAAAGGGCAUGUCCCGUUUAUUAUGGUAAAUAAAUAAAUAAACAUUUUAAAAACGAUUUCUAGAUAUUUCGACGUUAAGGGUUUCAUAAGAAGGUGAAUUACUGCAAAUUUGUAUAUUGUCGGUAAUUAUCGGUAAGAAGAUUCCUGUAAUUGUUCUUUCUUACCGUUUACGCAUGAGGCCUUCUGGGGAAGCAAUUUUCCGAUUUAUAUAGCAUGGUAGCAUAGAGAACGACGUAAAUGUCGUAUGUCAUAUAACUAAAUUAAUAAUUUAUAGAAAUUUACCUAAUUUUCAUUUAUUGUAAAAUCUAAAUAAGUCAAAUUUUCAUAAAAGUGUUAUAUCACCAGAAAUUUUCAUCUAAAAAAAUAAAAGAACUCAAAAACAGAUUAUAUAAUUUUCCUCAAUAAAAUAA